AUAUAUUUUCUUAAAUUAUUAUUUAAUCAUAUUUAUAAUAUUGUCUCCUAAAAUAUAUGAGAUAAAAAAUUUAGAGAAGAAAUAUUCUAAAUUGAUGCAGCUGAUGGUAUUUCAUAAGCAAACUAGAGAUCCAUUCUCCCUAUCAAUGUCUUUUCAGUCGAGUUUGUUGCAUCAUACUUGUCUUGUGCGGCUUACUUUCUGUGCACACCCAAAGGGUUGCUGCUACGUGUUCCCCCGGUGUCCCCCAAAAAAAUAUUCUUUUUCACCCCAUUCCGCUGGCUGAAAAUUAAACGCUAUAUAAUGAAGUAGAGUUCCCCCUUUCUAUACAUAGUAGUUUGAACUCAAAUAUAUACGUAUAACAUUAGAUUCUCUAUAGUAAGUCAUAUCAUAUUGCAAAUUAAUUAAGUUUGCAUCUCUUUCGUAUUUGCAAUGAGUAGUCUCUGUUCAACCAACAUGAGUCAUUUCCUAAAGGUCUCAAAAUUCUGUAUGUUUAAUCAAGUUCACACCUCAUGUACUAAGAGGUCUGGCCUCUUGUUGUGCCAUCGUCAUUAUCAUGAAGCCGAGUCGGAGUUGGAGUCGGAGUCCUCGGCAUGGGCAUCCAUAAAAUCAUGUGAAGCAAAUUAUGUUCCAUUGACACCCAUAAGUUUCUUGGAGAGAGCAGCCAAUGUUUUCAGUGAAAGAACUUCAGUUAUCUAUGGCCCUUCUUCUGUCUUAUACACUUGGGAACAGACUUAUGCUAGGUGUCUCAAGCUUGCUUCUGCUCUUGUUCAUCACUUGAGUAUUUCUCGUGGGGAUGUGGUAGCAACACUAGCCCCUAAUGUGCCAGCAAUACAAGAGCUGCAUUUUGCGGUACCAAUGGCUGGAGCAGUUCUAUGUACAUUAAACACACGUCUUGAUCCAGCUAUGAUAUCAGCACUUCUGAUGCAUUCAGAAGCAAAGAUCAUAUUUGUGGAUCAAGAGUUUCUCCAACUUGCUCAAGAAGCACUUUCUCUUCUUGCUACCAAGAACAAGAAAACAAGACAACCUGAUCUUCAUAUUGUAAUAAUCUCAGAAAAAUCUAACAAUAUUAGUCCUAACACUUACGAAUAUGAAAGUCUCCUUGAAAGUGGGCACCAAGAAUUUGCUAUUAGGUGGCCAAUAACAGAGUUUGACCCUAUUAGCGUUAACUAUACUUCUGGAACAACAUCAAGACCCAAAGGAGUUGUUUACAGUCAUAGAGGUGCAUAUCUCAAUUCGAUUGCUGCAUUUUUGCUUCAUGAGAUGAGCACACUCCCUAUUUAUCUUUGGACUGUUCCAACAUUUCACUGCAAUGGAUGGUGCCUCAUUUGGGGUCUAGCAGCAGUAGGUGGCACUAAUGUUUGUCUCAGAAGUGUAUCUCCAAGAGAAAUAUUUGAAAGCAUUUCACUGUACAAGGUCACACAUAUGAGUGGUGCACCUACUGUCUUGAACAUGAUAGCGAAUACGCCGUCGUGUGACCGGAAGCCACUUCCACACAAGGUAAAGAUUAUGACAGGGGGUUCACCACCACCACCACAAAUCAUUUCAAGAAUGGAGGAACUGGGGUUUGAAGUAAAUCAUUUAUAUGGACUAACGGAGACAUAUGCAGCAGGUACAUAUUGCUUGUGGAAACCUGAGUGGGAUUCUUUGCCUUCAGAAGAAAGAUUUAUUCUGAAAGCCAGACAAGGAGUGCAGCAUCUUUGUGUUGAGGAAGUUGAUGUAAGAGAUUCUAUCACCAUGAAGAAGGUGCCCACGGAUGGUGUAACAAUGGGAGAAGUCAUGUUCAGAGGGAACACAGUAAUGAGUGGAUAUUUAAAAGAUGUAAAAGCAACGGAGGAAGCUUUUAGAGGUGGAUGGUUUCAUAGUGGUGAUCUUGCUGUAAAACAUCCUGAUGGUUAUAUAGAGGUUAAGGAUCGUUUGAAAGAUAUCAUAAUAUCUGGUGGAGAAAACAUAAGCACUGUUGAGGUGGAAACAGUUUUGUAUAGUCAUCCAGCAGUUUUUGAGGCAGCAGUAGUGGCUCGACCAGAUAAGCUCUGGGGAGAGACACCUUGUGCAUUUGUGAAGUUGAAGGAGGGAUUUGAUGUUGGUUCUCAAGAAAUUAUCAACUUCUGCAGAAAUAAUUUGCCUCAUUACAUGGCACCUCGGACAGUUAUAUUUCAGGAUCUCCCAAAAACUUCGACCGGAAAGAUACCGAAAUUUAUCCUAAGGGAGAAAGCAAAAGCCUUGGGCAGUCUCUUCUGAACAAAAUGAAGAAGCCACUUGGCUUGCCUUUUCUGAAGGUUAUUUGCUGGCAAAUGGUAAUAAAACUCAUUUGCAUCUGUAAGUUUAUGCUCCAGCAAGAGAAAUGCUCUGUCCAUAAAUAUGGAUACCUUGCGAUGA